UCGUCGGGAGGGAUGUUUUAUUUGAGGGUUUCUUAACUGACUGUAUUUGUGUGUGAGGUGGGGGGGGGUUUAUUCUGACUCUCCUAUAGGCUCACGUCUUGUUUUGUUUUGGAGGAUGGACCUUGACCUGCAUUUUGUGAAACCCAGACUCAGUGAUAAACAGUUUUGUGAUAGCCGACUGUACGGGAAAGACUAAAAGGCACCCCUGGGAGGGUGGAGGCAGACUGCUGGCGGUUUUCAGCACCCCUUCCCCCUUCCACACACAAACACACACCUCCAUCUGAAUAUUUAUUUAUAUUUUUGCCAGCGGCAGCUUGAGUUCUGUAGAAACACACUGCUUUGUUCCUACUCCGGGGCAAAAGCUUCAACUUCAGCAGGGCAGGGCUUAAGAGGAGGAGCCUGUGUGGGCCUCUGGAGCUUUCAGGUGGGGAGGGCAGUAGUGGGGGUGGAAUUACCUUAUAAGGAGUGGAAUCUAGAAAAAGACCCAGACCCAGACCCAGACCCAGACCCUGCUGUGGCUACUAUCAAUAUCACCUAAAACUAGGGCAGGAUGCCAGGUGGGCCUCCUACCUGUGAAGACACCAAUAAGACCAAGACAUGAGGCAGCUUGUUUUGCAGAAGAGGACUUUCUAGAAUUCCUCAGCUGGACUAACCAGAUCUUCUGGUUUCUGUAGUCUGAAUUGGGAUGUAUUAGAGCCUAUGGCCACCGCACAACCCAGAGAACUAGUCAUUUAAGUAUCAACCAGGAAUAUUAGGUGUGAUAACAAGUUGCAAGUACUAGGGACUCCUGAGCCAGCUGAAGUGAAACAGUUACUUUGUGAUACAGGCCAGCAAAGGCAACGUGUUCACACUGCUCACGCUGGUCUUCGAGAUUUUGAAUUUGGGUUUCUAGAGCUGAAAAGUUUAUGAAUCCUCCUCGAGUUGUAGAAUGCCGCGCUUUACCAGAUCUUUUCGCCUUGGCCUCCUUUGAGUCCUUGUUAUCAAUUCCAGAGCCUUGGUUUCCCACCCACGUAGUGACUGAUGUGGUUGGAAGAGAUUGACCGUAAUCCCACACUCAUACUGCUGCUCCACUUGACUAUUUUGUUAGUUUGUUAACAAGUAUUUGUUGUGUAACAACUCUGUCUGCAGCCUGUUCUGAACAUAUUGGAGGCUAUAAAAGACUCUAGUUGGAGACACAACAACACACUCCGGAAACAACUUGAAAACUUUUUGGUAGAGUGGAAAGGCCCAGGCCCUGCUGCCUGUCAGAUCUGAGCUCAAACCCUGACUCUGUCACUUACAGGCUGGAUGGCUGUGGGCAGGUUACUGAUCACCUUAGUGUCUCAGUUUCCCCCCUUGCACGAUGAGAGUAGUGACACCUCCCUUGCUCCCUUGGUCAUAAGGAUCAGAAAUGGACUUCUUCAGGGGCAGGGUCCUCAUCCCACCUCAUCAUGUCUCGACGAAGCCAGCGCCUCACGCGCUACUCCCAGGGUGACGAUGACGGCAGCAGCAGCAGUGGAGGGAGCUCGGUGAUGGGGAGCCAGAGCACUGCGUUUAAAGACAGCCCUCUCAGGACGUUGAAGAGGAAGUCCAGCAACAUGAAGCGCCUCUCCCCAGCACCGCAGCUGGGCCCUUCCUCCGACGCACACACCUCCUACUACAGCGAGUCUGUGGUCAGGGAGUCCUACAUAGGCAGCCCCCGGGCCGCCGCCCUCGCCGCCUCCCUCACUAGGAACUCCAUCCUGGACGACCAGCUGCAUGGGGACUCCUACUGGAGUGAGGACCUGCGGGUGAGAAGGAGGCGAGGCACAGGUGGCACUGAGAGCAGCAAAAUCAACGGGCUCCCUGAGAACAAGCUCUCUGAGGACUUCCUCGGGUCUUCCUCGGGCUACUCUUCCGAGGAUGACUACGUAGGUUACUCAGAGACAGACCAGCGGGGUUCAGGUUCACGGCUCCGAAACGCUGUGUCUCAGGUGGCCUCUUUUUUCUGGAUGGUGGUCACUUCUCCAGGCCGGCUCUUCGGACUCCUCUACUGGUGGAUUGGCACCACUUGGUACCGCCUCACGACAGCUGCCUCCCUCCUUGAUGUCUUCGUUUUAACCAGGCGUUUCUCAUCCCUGAAGACGUUCCUGUGGUUCCUCUUGCUGCUGCUGCUGCUGACUGGCCUGACCUAUGGAGCGUGGCAUUUCUACCCCUACGGGCUGCAGACGUUCCACCCCGCCCUGGUUUCCUGGUGGGCCGCGAAGGGCAGCAGUGGGCAGCAUGAGGUGUGGGGGUCCAGAGACUCGUCCCCACAUUUCCAGGCUGAGCAGCGCAUUCUGUCCCGGGUACACUCUCUGGAGCGGCGCCUGGAAGAUCUUGCUGCCGAGUUUUCCUCCAGCUGGCAGAAGGAGGCCCUGCGGCUGGAACGCUUGGAGCUGCGGCAAGGGGCAGGGGGCCAGGGAGGCAGCGGCGGCCUGAGCCACGAGGACACCCUGGCGCUUUUGGAGGGGCUGGUCAGCCGCCGAGAGGCUGCCCUGAAGGAGGACUUCCGCAGGGACACCGCUGCUCGGAUCCAGGAAGAACUGGUCACCCUGAGGGCAGAGCAUCAACAAGACUCAGAGGACCUCUUCAAGAAGAUUGUCCAGGCCUCCCAGGAGUCUGAGGCUCGACUCCAGCAGCUGAAGUCCGAGUGGCAAAGGAUGACCCAGGAGUCCUUCCAGGAGAGCGCUAUGAAGGAGCUCGGGCGGCUGGAGAGCCAGCUGGCAGGCCUGCGGCAGGAGCUGGCAGCCCUGACCCUGAAGCAGAGAUCGGUGGAGGACCAAGUGGGCCUGCUGCCCCAGCAGCUCCAGGCUGUGCGGGACGACGUGGAGUCUCAGUUCCCUGCCUGGAUCAGCCAGUUCCUUCUCCGAGGUGGGGGAACCCGUACGGGGCUCCUUCAGCGAGAGGAGAUGCAAGCUCAGUUGCAGGAGCUGGAGAGCAAGGUCCUCGCCCACGUGGCCGAGAUGCAGGGCAAGUCGGCGAGGGAGGCCGUGGCCAGCCUGGGGCUGACACUGCAGAAGGAAGGCGUGAUUGGGGUGACAGAGGAGCAGGUGCACCACAUUGUAAACCAAGCUCUGAAGCGCUACAGCGAGGACCGCAUCGGGAUGGUGGACUAUGCUCUGGAAUCAGGAGGGGCCAGUGUUAUCAGUACCCGAUGUUCUGAGACCUACGAGACCAAGACGGCCCUCCUCAGCCUCUUUGGUAUCCCCCUGUGGUACCACUCCCAGUCUCCCCGAGUCAUUCUCCAGCCAGAUGUGCACCCAGGCAACUGCUGGGCCUUCCAGGGUCCCCAGGGCUUUGCUGUGGUUCGCCUUUCUGCCCGCAUCCGCCCCACUGCUGUCACCUUAGAGCAUGUACCCAAGUCCUUGUCGCCCAACAGCACCAUCUCCAGUGCCCCCAAAGACUUCGCUGUCUUUGGGUUUGAUGAAGACCUGCAGCAGGAGGGGAUGCUCCUUGGCCAGUUCACCUAUGACCAGGAUGGGGAACCCAUUCAGACAUUUUAUUUUCAGGACCCUCAAAUGGCCACGUACCAGGUGGUGGAGCUGCGGAUCCUGACUAACUGGGGCCACCCCGAGUACACCUGCAUCUACCGCUUCAGGGUGCACGGGGAACCCGCCCACUAAGCCUUCUCUGAGCUGCCGGCCAGCUGGGAGGCCAGCGCCUCUCAGCACGUGCCCCCUUCUCUGGGGGUAGGUGAGCAGCACCCCUGCCACUUCCCCCACACGCUUGAAGCACACUGACUUCCAGGAGCAAGAAAGAAGAGCCCUUGGCCCAGCGGAGAUGAGAAAGAACACGCAGGCUUUUCUUGACUGGCGGGCAGCUCAGUGGGGACAGCAGGCUCCGGUGUCUCUCUUCGUUCUUUGCUCUCUGCGUGCCAGGCACCGGCCACUACUCCUGGGAGGGUGUAUAUAUGUAGCAAGUCACGGGGAAUGGAGGCAGGGAGAGACAAUGAGUGCACGUGUUCCAGCAGAGAUGGGUGAGACCUGCUUGCCCCUUGCCCGAGGGGAGGGUCAGCAUCCAGAGAGCUGCUGUUGUAAAUGAAGCAGGUGCCAAAGCCGUCGGUACCAGGCUGUGGCCUGGGGCAGCUGAGCUGCGCCCCCUCCCUAGGCAGGGAAGUGAGACCCUCUGGGAGGAGGGUGCUCAGGGUGCAGGUUGGGACUGGUACCCUGGCAGGAAGCUCCUGGGAGAGGGCAGCUGGGCUCCCCCAAAAAGCUAGUGCCAGCAACCUAGGGGAGCUUGGUCCAUGGGUUUCCUGAAGGGCUUCUAUACACUGUAUUUGUCCUGGGUCAAGGUGAGCCAUGGGGCUUCUUGUACCCUAGAAGGUCUGGCUCCUGUGAGCUUCUGAGGGCUGCUGCCUGUGUGGCUGAGGCUGGAGCCAGCCCUAUAGGAUUCCCUUCUGCUGGGACAGUACUUGCUUUCUCUCUGAUGCUAGGACUGGGGCACUCUGCUCCCCAUUUCUGCUAGGGCCUGCCAGUGUCCCAGAGCAAGCUUGCCACAGUCCCCCAGGGUGCGGGGAGCCCUCAUUCUUUGAGGCCAUGGCCAUCUGGGGUCAGCUAAAAGUGUAGGGAGCAGGAGACUCCCUGGACUCUGCAUUGUUGGCUCUACCCUAACCCUCAUCAGGCCCCUGAUGUAAGAGGCCCCUAACCCUCAGCCACCCUGUUGGGGCUUUCUCAGCUCUUGCUCAAUUCUGUUUCCUUUCAGACUCAUUUUCUAUGGGGGGUAGGCAGUCAGGGGUGGGGGGCUGGGUGAAGAAGGUGGGGGCUGACGUGGGCUUUUGGACCCAGCAGUCCCUGAUGUAUUAUGUAUAUAUUUUUCAAGGUCUGUUUUUUUAACUGAAAAGCUAAGGGCUUGAUUCCUAGCCCCGUUCUGUGGGGCAGUGGGUGAUUUCAGUUCCUUGUAACCUGGCUGCCAAGAGGGGCUUGGGACACUGGUUCCAACUCUGGGUCAUUCUGGCCUGUGGGGAGGGGGCAGGAAAGGCUGCUGUGCAGGUGGGUGCCCUGAAUGGCUUCCUGGAGGAUGGAGCUGGAAUGAAGGCAAGGCUCCCCAGCCACCCUGUGGUCCUCCAGCACUGGCCUCUGCCCCCAGACAACCAGGUUUUGCGCUCUCCUGUCACAAAUGCUGCACUGUUGGUUAAUUUUUUAAAUCUCCAGAUUCUAAUUUAUGCCUAUGCAAAAAAUAAAUUAUGCCCAGGAUUAA